CUUCCUCUCCUCUCUUACUUGCAAACUCUCCCCUCCAUUUACCUCCAAAAACCUCCCCGCCGGCCACCUUUCCUUACCAAACUCUCCCUCGAUCCACAAAAGCCGCCUUCCUCUUCCCUUCACCUGCAAAUCCCUCCCCGCCGGCAAGAACCCCGCCUCUUCCUCUCCCUGACUCUGACUUCCAAGUUCUGCCCGCCGGCCAGCCACCCUUUUACCCUCUUUGUGCACGUACCCGCAAACUCCAAAUCAAACGUUCGGCGGCGCUCAUCAUCACCCCCGGCCCUCCUCCUCAACUCACUCCGCUACUCUACUCAGCCUCGUACAGUCGAAUCCAUGGGUCCGGAAGCGAUGGAGAGGGUGCAGAUCAUCUCCGGCGUCAUAGGGAGUAAGAUCUCCUUGGCCAUCUUCCUCAGCCCCAUCCGCUCCUUCUGGAGGAUGUACCAGGAGGGGCACAACCAAGGAUUUAGGAUCCUUCCGUACAUGGUGGCGCUUUUCAGCACCACCUUGUACAUUUACUAUGGGGUGAUGAAGCACUCCUUCAUCAUCACCACCAUCAACACCAUCGGGACCAUCAUCGAGCUCCUGUACGUGGUGGUGUUUCUUGUCUUCUCCACCCCACACACAAGGGUUCGGACGGCGGCAAAAAUGGUUGCCUUCAACGUGGCAAUGUUGGCCACCAUCAUCCUGUCCACCGUGUAUGUUGCAGACUACACGAGGCAGGUGGUGGUGGGAACGAUCUCCGCCGUCUUCUCCGUUUGCGUCUACGCCGCCCCGCUGAGCGUCAUGCUGCAGGUAAUAAAUACAGGGGAUGUGGGUUCAAUCCCAAUUCCCAUGUCUGUAGCCAUGACUCUCAGCUCCAUCUUCUGGUUCAUCUAUGGACUCGCCACUUCCGACUUCUUUGUGGCGAUGCCAAACAUCCUCGGGUUGGUGUUUGGGGUAGCACAGAUUGUGUUGUACCUCAAAUACCGACAACCACCAACAAACGCCGAGGACGCCGUCAUCGAGAGGCUGGAAGAGGGCCACGAUCAUGUUCAGGAUGAGGACAACAUCAGCAGUCCCGACACCGUCGAGAUUGUUGAUGAGGGUCUAGGCCACGACCAACCGAUGGAAGAAGAAGAAGAAGAAGAAGAAGAAGAAGAAGAAGAAGAAGAAGAGGAAGGAGAAGAAGAAGAAGAAGAAGAAGAAGAAGAAGAAGAAGAAGAAGAAGAAGAAGAAGAAGGGGGAGGAGGAGGAGGAGAAGAAGAAGAAGAAGGGGGAGGAGGAGGAGAAGAGGAAGAAGGAGAAGGGGGAGGGGGAGGAGAAGCAGCAGCACAAAGAGAGGGAGAAGGAGAAGAAGAAGCAACAAUAUCACCAAGAGGAGGAGAAGAAGAGUAAUAAAAAUUAUCCAUCAGCAUCUUUUUUAGAUGUUUAUUUCAUUUUCCCAACUCUUUGUGAUUCUUUUCUGUUAGAUGUCUAUUUCUUGUUUUUUUUUUUUUUUU